AUUUUCCAAUAAAUAACUAAAAUUAUAUGUACACAUAUAACUACAAUAUAAUAUAUUAAAAGCGAGGUCUAUGGAAACAGUAAACAGAACAUCUGUGUAACUGUGUUAUAGGAAUUGUCCUUUCCCCCGCACGAGAGUUAAUAAAGUUACAUUUACAUUCAUAUCUGUUUUUCAGAACAUUAAGUAUAUUUAGUAACAAUGCAGGACCAAGUAGUUGCAGGUAGCUCUUUGAUUGAUGCAGAUGAUGAUGAAGAAUCAUUUUUCCAAGACAUCAAUUGUCUUCAAGAUCAUGGGAUCAAUGCAUCCGAUUUAAAGAAGCUCAAGUUGGCAGGAAUAUGUACAGUAAAGGGUGUUCAUAUGACCACAAGGAAACAUUUGUCACAUAUUAAAGGUAUUUCGGAAGCAAAAGUCGAUAAGAUCAAAGAGGCCGCUUCAAAAAUGGUGACUCCAGGCUUUGUUACUGCACUGAACUUCAGUUCCAAGCGCAAGCAAGUGUUUAAGGUUUCAACUGGCAGUGAGGACUUGGAUAAACUUUUAGGGGGUGGUAUUGAAAGUAUGGCAAUAACUGAAGUGUUUGGGGAGUUUCGAACUGGUAAGACUCAGCUCUCUCACACGUUGUCUGUGACAACUCAAAUCCCAGGGGCUAAGGGUUACAUGGGUGGAAAAGUGGUGUACAUUGAUACGGAAAACACAUUUCGACCUGAUCGCUUACGACCAAUUGCUGACCGUUUUAAUCUAGAUCAGAAUGCAGUUCUAGAUAAUGUAAUGUAUGCGAGGGCUUAUACAAGUGAGCAUCAGAUGGAACUUUUGGAUCAUGUUGCUGCUAAAUUUCAUGAAGAAGCUGGUAUAUUUAAACUUCUAAUUGUUGAUUCCGUGAUGGCCUUGUUUCGUGUGGAUUUUAGUGGAAGGGGUGAAUUGGCAGAUAGGCAGCAAAAGCUAGCACAGAUAAAAUUUAUGAUAGCCCAGACAUGCCAGAGUCAGAAGCUACAUUUUCUAUCACAAAUGGUGGAAUUGCUGAUGCAAAAGAAUAAUUUGAAACUGAACUGAAUUUUUAAAUAUUAUUUUAACCUAAAUAACUUUAUUAAUAUAAAAGACCAAAUUAAUAUUUGCCACGAAUAAUAUUGAGAGUUGAGACCAAAUAAUGAACUCCAAGAUUUUCUUGUUAAUUUGAUGUUUUGUUGUUGCAUUGACGUAUACACGAUUACGCAGUGAUUUUGUUUCCUUGUUUUGUAGUUAAAUUGUGUUUUUUUUUGUUUAUUUUAUAG